GUACAGUGGUACUACACACACAAUCGGCUAGCUCCGUUGAUUGCACAAUACCCCUGGAAAAACGAGCGUGUGUUGUUUUGAAUUGGAUCGGGGCGAUGUGUACAGAUUUGCAUAGACGAUGCAGAACUGACACGUACCGCUGGCUUGCGGCGAAGGGAAACGGUGAUAAAACACUCUCUAUAUAGUGAGGUUUUUCUUCGGUUUCUGGUAGCAUCACAGCCAUCACCAUGGCCUCCCUGUAAAGCGGUGUGGUAAAUUAGCUUCCUACCAUCCCGUGCGGAAUACAGAUCAGCCACAGUGAAUAGCUAUCUGCAUCACAGUCAGCCUUGUAGACCCUAAGAUAUGGCAUCAUCAGUUAAGUCCUCUCCAUUGCUUGGACGCAACAUCAAGCAAGAGGCUGUUGUACAUGUGAUCUGCAAGUCUCCACCCAGAGAAUUGUCAGCAAGUAGCGACUCCUCAUUUGUACCACCUGUAGCAGGCAAAGAGGUAGUUAUUGUCACUGAAGACAUGCCAUCGACGAGCAACUCACCAUCAGGACAGGAGACUGGCCAAUCAAAAAACAUGUGUCCUGACUCUACGGGCAUCGACUCGGUCAAAGAUGAUCGCAAGGCUGGCGGCGGGAAGGUAGGAAGCGGUUCCAAGAAGAAGAUGUGCGAGAAGGACAGCGAGGAGUACAAGCGCCGCAGGGAGCGCAACAAUGAGGCAGUGCGGAAAAGUCGGCUGAAGAGCCGGCAGAAGGCCAGCGAGACGGAGAUGCGGGUGACGGAGCUGAAGAAGGAGAAUGCAGACCUGGAGCAGAGGGUCACCUUGCUCCACAAGGAGCUGGAGCUACUGAAGGACCUGUUCCUGACUCAUGCUAAUGAGCUCCCAGAUCCUAGUACCACCUUUGGGCUCUUCAGUGCUAACCCAAACCUGGGAUCUAGUUCUCCUAACCCAGCCCUCUCUCGUGUUGUCCUUAAAACUGAUACUGUGACUGUGUCCUUGUCCUGUAAGAAUGUCCCAGAGAGCAUCACUACCACAACAUGACCUACAUUUGACCUUUUGCCAACAAGGUAGUAAAAUUUGUGUAAAUAAUAUUGGUUACAUUUAUCCAUUGGAUCCAUUUUUAAGAAAGGCUUGUAGUGCUAAGCACUUUUAAUAGAUUAACAUUGCAUGUAUUAUGUCGUAUUUGCUUUUGGGAAGUCAAAUCACUUCACUGUGAUUUACAUUGUUGCUGAAUAUUGUUAGAAAUUGCAAAUAUUGAAGAGCUUGAGAUGGGUGAAAUUUUUCAGUUUUGCUAAAUUUGUACAAAACAGUGAUGUGCGCAUCAACUUUCAUAUGAAUAUAAAGCGAUGGCAUCACACGUUCACUUUUUCUAGAAUAAGAAAAAAAAAUAUUUUAGAUAUUUCAAUUUUUCCUAUCGUAAAAUUUGGUUUGGUUACUCGUAUAAUCAUCAUUAUCAUAAUUUAUUGUGAUGUGGUGGAGAUAUUUAGCUAUCAAAUCUAUAAGAUUUGAUAUUUUUUAUGUAAAUGGGAUGACAUCAAUGUGACAUCUUUGUUCCCUUUUUUUGCAUAAUGACUAGAAUAUGUAUGUACAUGUGAUAGUUCCAUGAAAAAUAAGCAGUAUAAAAAGGUCAUAAUUUUGUUAUGUUGCAUCCUUUCAUUAUGAUAUCUUCAGUUCUAUGCUUGUCCGAUUUUAUCUCCAUGUAUUUGUUUUCGGUCUGUUGUUAAGGAGAACUUGUGUAAAAGUAAAUAUGAUGUCGGUGGAAGGUAAUGAAAGACAGAAUGGUAAAAGGAAAGGUUUUCUAAGGACCUUGUCAACUCAAUAAUAACCAAUUUUAUAUAAAGUUGUGUUAAGUCAGGAAGCAUGGAUCUUGUUUAGUAGCUCAAUUCAUGUACUGUUAUUUGAUUUAAAGUAUCAUCCACAUGAUCGAUAGAAGUCAACUCACUUCGGGUUAAGGGCAAACCAAUCAUGCUGAUAGUCCUUAAAUAGGAGAAGUUCAUAAUUCAAGAGUGCUUUCUUUUAUUCAAUUGCCAUGAUCUGUAAAUGGCAUAUUGUCUGAUCUGGCACACUUUUUUUCUACAAAACUGGCAUUAUUUUCUGCUAAUUUGGCUACCUAAGUUUUAAGCCAUGAUAUUAUGUUUACAAAAAAAAAAUGCCUUGUGGCCCCUGCAGUUUGGGGGGGGGGGGCUUGAAAGUCUGUAUUACAGGCAAGCUGUCCUACUGGACGUGUCAGUCACGUAUCAGGUGUUCUGAUAUAGGCCCUUGGGUUUUAGUCAUACUGUCUACUUGUGAUAUUUAACAUAAUCGUUAAUUUUUGUAAAAUUUGCAAUUCCCGUUAAUUUUUUUUUGGAAGAUUUUGGAAAUAUUAGGUAUUCAGAAUAUGGUAAGUCAACAUGUUUUUUUCUCUCUACAACAUAGUUUACAAGACUACAUCAUAUUGCAUUCUAGGUUAUCAACAAUUGACUACAUAUGUAUUUCAGUAAUUUAGGAAAUUGAGCUGAUGCUAUUGGAAGUGAUGGUUAUAAUUAAUAUUUGGACAAUGAAAAUUAGAAUAAUCUUCAUUUUUUUUGCUUGCACACCUGUCUGUCCGCCAUCAUCUUGUUCAUGUUUAUGUAUAUAGAAAAAAAGACCCUGUCACACUCUGCUAUUUAACUAUAUUGGACUUUCUAAUUUCUUCUGCUGGGAUACAGAAGUACUUGACAGAUUGGUCUAGCUUUCAACGUGUUCAAAUUUGAAUUUUUUGUUUUAUGUUAGUGUCAGCAUAUAAUGUGCUGGUCAAUAUUCAGUGUCUGAGACACAUAAUUGUAAAAUGGCAGUUUGUGACAGUCUUACUCUUAAAGUUAGAUGAUAAGGUUUAUUAUUGAAAAGGUUUUCAGAUUCCAACACUUAAUGCUGCAUCGUGAUGAAUUUGGAAGGUAUCUUGCAAUUUUCCAAUGAUUUUGUAUAAUAACAGUUUAUAAACCAUGCUUUAAGUUCAAGCAAUUCCCACAAGAUUCAUGUCUGUUGUUUCUACAGUAUUUCCUGUCACUUUUAUUUCAUUUUGAUUAAUUUACAUAUGCAAUUUGAUAGCUUAAUAUCUAGAUGAAUGCACUCUUGUCGAAUGAUAUGGAUUAACCCCCCGCCCUCCCAUAAGGAUAUUUACAUAUCUGUAUAAUAGAAGAUGAUGUGAUGGUCUGGUCAUAAUGUAUGCUUUGUUUGAACACCUAGCUCCAAUCUGAAACUUGGUAAUAUAAUAAUGUUUAUCAAUAUCACAUUUGCCCAGUUAUUCAAGUUUUGCAUUGUAUCUAUAACUGUAUUUGUACCAAUUUCAUCAUAAGUGAGUGCACUCCCUAUGGAUAUGUUGAUUAAUAAUAGUGCAUAUUACAUUACCAAUAUCAUCUAGCAUUUCUAUGUGCUUCCAAAGGAAUUUGGAUAUUAUUACCCUGGCAUAACUUUUUCUGCAGCUUCUUUCAGAAUUUAAAUGCAACAUUGUCAUACUAAAUGAUGAUGUCUUGUCAUGGCUUAUAGACAGAAAUCAAACUAAUCUUUUGGUGAAGUGCUGCACAGAAAAGUUUGUUUCUUUUGGACGGAAGGGGGUGUACUAAUUUCUGAUUGAUGCUGUAACACAAACUUCUCCAACUUCCAUCAAACCUGUCUAAGACCUCCCAACUGAUCCAAGGAAUAAAUAAAAAAAUGGCCACUACAGACAGUUGGCCUUUAUGGACAGGAUCUACAACAUAUUCCUUUCAAAUUGGAGACAAUUUUGGUGGCCACUGGUCACUAAACACCAAAUUUCACUUUAGAAAGUGUGGCUGCUAAGACAGGUUUGACUGUUCUUUGUGUUUACUUAUUUACUUUGAUACAUGCAUACAGAGAUCAUUUAUUAAAUCAAUCAAUGCAAAGAAUGAGUGUUAUUAUUUGUACAAAUGAAAAUGUAAAAAGAUAGUCUUUGCCAAUAAUGUGCUAAUUGUAUGUAGGUAUUAUUGAUAAUAUAGCUUCUUGAAAGUUGUCCGCUCCAGUGUACAGGUUAUUAUUUGUGUAAAUAUCUUUAAAGAUUAAAGUGCAUUUACCCAGUA